AUGUCACCUACAACCGUUCAUUGUGCUUCCCGAAGUCUCAGAACUCGUCCCGAGUCCGGGGUGCAUCGUUUUAUCAAGUCUGAUGGGCCUGAGUUCUGGUGCAAUCGCACCUACGAAAAAUGGGCUGUAGGUACAACGCCGCAAAAACGGCCAGGCAAGUGCAGGAGCAGACCUUGGCUAGGCAGUGCUGGGACCGUAGAUGCGGUCGUUUUGUCGCAGAAGCGGGAUCGCACUUACGGAAUGGGGCAGCGCAGAAGCGGAGGUUGGUCAAAAGGCUUGGGCCUUAGAAGCGGGCAUAAACGCGCAGGUGCGCGAGCGCAGAAGCGCUUGAGGGCCGCAGAAGCGGAAGUGCAGAUGCGCUACAUGGGGCGCAGAUACAAGGACUGUUGGGUUGAGCUGGAGCCGCACCUUGGCAGUGUUUCUCCCACGGCCACCAUCACGUUCCAAGAAACAUAUGUGGAUGUAGAAAGGCCAGCCCCAGUUCUUGCUGGAAGCUCAGCACGAGGGCCCUCNUAUGUGGAUGGAGAAAGACCAGCCCCAGUUCUUGCUGGAAGCUCAGCACGAGGGCCCUCCAGAAGCUACUUGGGAAUCGCAAAGCCAGACAUUAUGGCACCAGGGGUACUGAUUCUUGCAGCUGUCCCUCCUAAUCUCUUUUCAGAAAGCAUUGGGACAAAUAUAGGAUUAUCUACUGAUUACGAGCUUAAAUCAGGCACAUCCAUGGCUGCACCACAUGCUGCUGGAAUUGCAGCAAUGCUAAAAGGGGCACAUCCUGAAUGGAGUCCUUCAGCUAUUCGCUCCGCCAUGAUGACCACAGCAAACCAUUUGGAUAAUACCCAAAAACCUAUUAGAGAGGACGAUGGCAUGGUAGCCACGCCCCUAGACAUGGGUGCAGGGCAAGUUGAUCCGAACAAAGCUCUUGAUCCCGGCCUAGUAUAUGAUGCUACUCCACAAGAUUACAUAAAUCUUAUAUGCUCAAUGAAUUUCACAGAAGAGCAAUUUAAAACUUUUGCAAGAUCGUCAGCCAAUUACAACAACUGCUCAAGUCCAUCUGCUGAUCUCAAUUAUCCAUCAUUCAUUGCCUUGUAUCCGUUCAGUCUCGAGGGAAACUUCACCUGGUUGAAGCAGAAAUUCAGGAGGACCCUUACAAAUGUUGGUAAAGGUGGAGCAACUUAUAAAGUAAAGAUAGAAACUCCAAAGAAUUCCACAGUUUCAGUGUCUCCAAAAACAUUGGUGUUCAAGAAGAAAAAUGAGAAGAAAAGCUAUACUUUGACAAUUCGGUAUAUAGGUGACGAGAAUCAGAGUCAUCAUGUUGGGUCUAUCACUUGGGUUGAAGAGAAUGGUAACCACUCUGUUAGGAGUCCUAUAGUCACAUCUCCCAUUAUUGAGGUCUGGGGUAUUGAUGAUUAGGACGGUAGAUCUAGGAUUUAAGCUCUAUGGAUUCAAUCUUUAAGGGUUUUUUUUUUUUUUUUUUCAUUCAACCCAUUCUAUUUCUAAAA